AACACACAAACCAAGUUUUCCUAUUUACAGUGUUAAGGGAAGGUAGACAUUUCGGGAAGGGUAGAUCCUUUCCCCAAGUUAUCCAAGAAGGAAGAGAAAACAGCGUAAAGAAGCUCUGAUUACAGAUCUUUGGAAUUUUCUUUGCUAAAUUUUACAAACGAGAAAUACACUCAGAAUUUUGGGAAUUGCUCCAGGCUGCGCGUGAGGGUUUGAUUGCUUGUCUAAUCUUUUUUUGAGAAGAGGAGAAUUCGUCAAAAGGGGUUUGGAUGGCAGGAACCCGACUGGGUUUCUGCAGCAGCUUGCGUCCUCUGGCUCUUCUCUGAGGGAGGGUCUCUGCGCCGGCUUGGAGACCCCCUGCUGCAGGCUCCUUUUGCGGGCGCUGGCCCGAGGGGAAAAUGCUCCGCUCUGGCUGGAGUAUUCUGGUUGCUGCUGGGACUUCCUAGCCCCGUGGGGAGCGUGUUCCUGGUUUGGGGAUACUUCACUGAACUGCAGGCGAAAAGACUGGACUCUCUGGGCUCUUUCCCUUCGCGGUGAAUAUGGGAAAGAAUUAGGGGGUGGGAGGCAGGCAGCAUGACUUGGAGUCGCCGCUGCCCUGCAUCUGCCCCCAGCCCCCAGCCAGCAUCUUGAUGUUCCACAUAUCGGCUGUACAAAUAUGAUGAAAUGGCAGCCCCGGAAGAAGGCAUACUUCCGACAGGGUGUUGCCCUCCAGUACCUCGGACGUCAUGCCGAUGCCCUGGCAGCCUUUGCAUCUGGGUUGGCUCAGGACCCCAAGAGUCUCCAGCUUCUGGUGGGGAUGGUAGAAGCAGCCAUGAAAUCUCCCAUGAGAGACUCCCUCGAGCCCACUUAUCAGCAACUUCAGAAAAUGAAACUGGACAAGAGCCCCUUUGUGGUUGUCUCUGUGGUUGGGCAGGAACUCCUGACAGCUGGCCAUCACGGGGCCUCUGUGGUUGUCUUAGAAGCCGCUCUGAAGAUUGGCACCUGCAGCCUCAAACUGAGAGGUUCCGUUUUCUCUGCACUGAGCAGUGCUUACUGGUCUCUCGGAAACACAGAGAAGAGCACGGGAUACAUGCAGCAGGACUUGGAUGUAGCCAAGACCUUAGGUGACCAGACAGGAGAAUGCCGAGCUCAUGGGAACCUGGGCUCUGCAUUCUUCUCCAAAGGAAAUUACCGGGAGGCUCUCACUAACCACAGGCAUCAGUUGGUGCUUGCCAUGAAACUCAAGGAUCGAGAGGCAGCUUCAUCAGCCCUGAGCAGUCUGGGCCACGUGUACACAGCCAUUGGAGAUUACCCCAAUGCACUGGCCAGUCACAAACAGUGUGUUCUUCUUGCCAAGCAAUCCAAAGAUGAGCUUUCUGAAGCCCGAGAACUCGGCAACAUGGGAGCUGUGUAUAUUGCCAUGGGUGACUUUGAGAAUGCUGUGCAGUGCCAUGAGCAGCAUCUGAAGAUAGCCAAGGACCUGGGGAACAAGCGAGAAGAGGCCCGGGCCUACAGCAAUCUGGGCAGUGCCUAUCACUACAGGAGGAACUUUGACAAGGCCAUGUCUUAUCACAACUACGUGCUGGAGCUGGCGCAGGAGCUGAUGGAGAAGGCCAUUGAGAUGCGGGCCUAUGCUGGCCUGGGCCACGCUGCCAGGUGCAUGCAGGAUUUGGAGAGGGCUAAACAGUACCACGAGCAGCAGCUGGGCAUCGCUGAGGAUCUCAAGGACCGGGCUGCAGAGGGGCGCGCGUCCUCCAACCUGGGAAUCAUACACCAGAUGAAAGGUGAUUAUGACACUGCGCUGAAACUCCACAAGACCCACUUGUGCAUCGCCCAGGAGCUGAGCGACUACGCUGCCCAGGGCCGCGCCUAUGGAAAUAUGGGCAAUGCCUACAAUGCUCUGGGCAUGUAUGACCAGGCGGUCAAGUACCACCGGCAGGAGCUACAGAUCUCCAUGGAAGUGAACGACCGUGCCUCACAGGCGUCCACGCACGGGAACCUCGCCGUGGCCUACCAGGCCCUGGGCGCCCACGACCGCGCCCUGCAGCACUAUCAGAACCACUUGAACAUCGCCCGGGAGCUGCGAGACAUCCAGAGCGAGGCGCGGGCUCUCAGCAACCUGGGCAACUUCCACUGCUCUCGAGGGGAGUAUGUCCAGGCCGCCCCCUAUUACGAGCAGUACCUCCGACUUGCUCCUGACCUUCAAGACAUGGAGGGAGAAGGAAAGGUCUGCCACAACCUCGGCUACGCCCAUUACUGCCUUGGAAAUUACCAGGAGGCAGUAAAGUACUAUGAGCAGGAUCUGGCCCUGGCCAAAGACCUUCAUGACAAAUUGAGUCAAGCAAAAGCUUACUGCAACUUGGGCUUAGCGUUCAAGGCUCUGCUGAAUUUCAGCAAAGCUGAAGAGUGUCAAAAGUACCUACUGUCCCUAGCCCAGUCCCUGAAUAAUUCCCAGGCUAAAUUUAGAGCCCUGGGGAACCUGGGCGAUAUAUUUAUCUGUAAAAAAGAUAUCAAUGGUGCAAUAAAAUUCUAUGAGCAGCAGCUGGGCUUGGCUCACCACGUGAAGGACAGGAGACUGGAGGCCAGUGCAUAUGCAGCCCUGGGCACCGCAUACCGAAUGAUCCAGAAACACGACAAGGCCUUGGGUUAUCACACACAGGAGCUGGAGGUAUAUCAGGAACUGAGUGACCUGCCGGGAGAGUGCAGAGCUCAUGGGCACCUGGCCGCAGUCUACAUGGCCCUGGGGAAGUACACAAUGGCUUUCAAGUGUUAUGAAGAGCAGCUGGACCUAGGGCAGAAGCUGAAGGACCCCAGUCUCGAAGCCCAGGUCUAUGGCAACAUGGGCAUCACAAAAAUGAACAUGAAUGUGAUGGAAGAAGCCAUCGGCUACUUCGAGCAGCAGCUGGCCAUGCUGCAGCAGCUGAGUGGGAACGAGUCUGUGCUCGACAGGGGCCGGGCCUAUGGCAACCUGGGGGAUUGCUACGAGGCCCUGGGCGACUACGAGGAAGCUAUCAAGUACUAUGAACAGUACUUAUCUGUUGCCCAGAGUCUGAAUCGAAUGCAAGACCAAGCCAAGGCUUACCGAGGCCUGGGAAAUGGACACAGGGCAAUGGGGAGCUUGCAGCAAGCCCUGGUGUGCUUUGAAAAGAGGCUUGUGGUCGCCCACGAGCUUGGGGAGGCCUUUAAUAAAGCCCAGGCCUACGGCGAGCUGGGAAGUCUGCACAGCCAAUUAGGGAAUUAUGAACAAGCCAUUUCCUGCCUUGAACGCCAGCUGAACAUUGCUAGAGAGAUGAAGGACCGAGCUCUGGAAAGUGAUGCAGCCUGUGGCCUGGGGGGUGUGUACCAGCAGAUGGGGGAGUACGAUACAGCCCUGCAGUACCACCAGCUGGAUCUGCAGAUUGCCGAGGAGACCAACAACCCCACAUGCCAGGGCCGGGCCUACGGGAACCUGGGCCUGACCUAUGAGUCCCUGGGCACCUUUGAGAGAGCUGUGGUCUAUCAGGAGCAGCACUUGAGCAUCGCUGCACAGAUGAACGACUUGGUGGCCAAGACGGUGUCUUACAGCAGCCUCGGAAGGACGCAUCAUGCUCUGCAGAACUACUCCCAGGCAGUCAUGUACUUGCAGGAAGGUUUAAGGUUAGCAGAGCAGCUGGGCCGAAGAGAAGAUGAAGCCAAAAUUCGCCAUGGUCUUGGCCUCUCCCUCUGGGCGAGCGGGAAUCUGGAGGAGGCCCAACAUCAGCUCUACCGGGCAUCAGCCUUGUUUGAGACAAUCCGACACGAAGCGCAGCUGAGCACGGACUACAAGCUCUCCCUCUUCGACCUGCAGACGUCCUCCUACCAGGCCUUGCAGCGAGUACUCGUCAGCCUCGGCCAUCAUGAUGAAGCUCUGGCCGUGGCAGAAAGAGGACGGACAAGGGCGUUUGCAGAUCUCCUGGUAGAACGACAAACAGGACAGCAGGACUCUGACCCCUACUCCCCGGUCACUGUUGAUCAGAUCUUAGAGAUGGUUAAUGGCCAGAGGGGACUAGUGCUUUACUACUCCCUGGCGGCGGGCUACCUCUACAGCUGGCUGCUGGCUCCUGGGGCAGGAAUUCUGAAGUUUCAUGAACACUACCUGGGAGACACCACGGUAGAAAACUCCAGUGACUUCCAGACAGGCAGCAGCACAGCCCUUCCAUCAGCCGCAAGCUCGGCCCUGGAGCAGCACGUUGCCAGCGUGCGGGAGGCCCUGGGUGUGGACUCCUGCUACUCGAGGGCCUGUGCCAGCAGUGAGACCGAGAGUGAAGCCGGAGACAUCAUGGACCAGCAGUUCGAGGAGAUGAACAACAGGCUCAACUCGGUCACCGACCCCACUGGCUUUCUCCGGAUGGUUCGCCGCAACAACCUCUUUAACAGGAGCUGCCAGAGCGUGACCAGCCUGGUGGGCAGUGCUGCAUCGCCUGUCAAGGACGGGGCCUCCUCUCUUCCCAGGAGGCAGAGCUCGUUCGCCAGGCCGCCGCUCCGCGCCCUGUACGACCUGCUUGUGGCGCCCAUGGAAGGGGGCCUGAUGCACUCCAGUGGCCCCGUGGGCCGGCACCGGCAGCUGGUCCUGGUCCUGGAAGGGGACCUCUACCUCAUCCCGUUUGCCCUCCUGAAGGGGAGCUCCUCCAACGAGUACUUGUACGAGCGCUUUGCCCUCAUCGCCGUCCCCUCCAUCCGCUCCCUCGGCCCGCAGGCCAAGUCUCAGCUGAGGAAGAGCCCGCCCGCCUACUCCAGCUCCACGUCCAUGGCGGCGGUGGUCGGCAACCCCAAGCUGCCGUCGGCGGUGAUGGACCGGUGGCUGUGGGGCCCGAUGCCCGCGGCCGAGGAGGAGGCCCACAUGGUGUCCGAGCUGCUGGGCUGCCAGCCGCUGGUGGGCAGCGUGGCCACCAAGGAGCGCGUCGUGAGUGCCCUGACGCAGGCUGAGUGCGUGCACUUCGCCACCCACAUCUCUUGGAAACUAUCGGCCCUGGUCCUCACGCCCAGCGUGGACGGCACCCCUGCGGGCGGCAAGAGCUCCUUCGGCCACCCCUACACCAUCCCCGAGUCCCUGCGGGUGCAGGACGACGCCAGCGACGGCGAGAGCCUCUCGGACUGCCCGCCGCUGCAGGAGCUGCUGCUCACGGCCGCCGACGUCCUGGACCUGCGGCUGCCCGUCAAGCUGGUGGUGCUCGGCUCCUCCCAGGAGUCCAGCGGCAAGAUCACGGCCGACGGGGUGGUGGCGCUGACGCGGGCCUUCCUGGCGGCCGGCGCGCAGUGUGUCCUCGUGUCUCUGUGGCCCGUGCCCGUGGCUGCUUCCAAGGUGUUCCUGCACGCCCUGUACUCGUCCCUGCUGAAUGGCCUGAAGGCCAGCGCGGCGCUGGGCGAGGCCAUGAAGGUGGUGCAGAGCAGCAAGGCCUUCUCACACCCCUCCAACUGGGCAGGGUUCAUGCUUAUCGGCAGCGACGUGAAGCUCAACAGUCCCUCCUCGCUCAUCGGUCAGGCCCUCACCGAGAUCCUCCAGCACCCGGAGCGCGCGCGGGAUGCCCUGCGAGUGCUGCUGCACCUGGUGGAGAAGUCACUGCAGCGCAUUCAGAAUGGGCAGCGCAACGCCAUGUACACGUCGCAGCAGAGCGUGGAGAACAAAGUGGGCGGCAUCCCCGGCUGGCAGGCCCUCCUCACCGCCGUGGGCUUCCGGCUGGACCCCCCGGCCAGCGGCCUGCCAGCGGCCGUCUUCUUCCCGACCUCUGACCCGGGCGAGCGGCUGCAGCAGUGCAGCAGCACCAUCCAGUCCCUGCUGGGUCUGCCCAACCCUGCCCUCCAAGCCCUCUGCAAACUCAUCACGGCCUCGGAGACGGGCGAGCAGCUCAUCAGCCGGGCUGUUAAAAAUAUGGUUGGAAUGCUCCACCAGGUGCUGGUGCAGCUGCAGGCCGGCGAGAAGGAGCAGGACCUCGCCGCGGCGCCCAUCCAGGUGUCCAUCAGCGUCCAGCUGUGGCGGCUCCCCGGCUGUCACGAGUUCCUGGCGGCUCUAGGUUUUGAUCUCUGUGAGGUCGGGCAGGAGGAAGUAAUCCUGAAAACCGGGAAACAAGCCAAUCGACGGACCAUGCACUUUGCGCUCCAGGCCCUGCUCGCGCUCUUCGAUUCCACCGAGCUACCCAAGCGCCUCAGCCUGGACAGCUCGUCCUCCCUGGAGUCUCUGGCUUCAGCCCAGUCUGUCUCCAACGCUCUGCCCCUGGGCUACCAGCACCCUCCCUUCUCCCCGACUGGGGCGGAGAGCAUAGCCUCAGACGCCAUCUCCGUGUACAGCCUGAGCUCCAUCGCCUCCUCCAUGAGCUUCGUCUCCAAGCCUGACGGGGGGUCAGAAGGCGCGGUCCCUCGGGGACGGCAGGAGUACGAGCGGUCCAAGAACGCCUACCCGCCGCGUGCCGCCCUGCCUCGGAGCCCGCUGUCCCCGCCUGCCCGCCCUGCAGGCGCCAAGGACGAGGAGGAGUAUGAGGGGUUCUCUAUCAUCAGCACGGAGCCCUUGGCAGCCUCCCAGGAAGACCCACCUACGGGCUUCUCUCCCGACCACAAGCAGUCCCGCGUCGGGACAGCGGGCAGUGUCAAAGUUUCGGUGAGCUCCAAGGGGAGCAUCAGCACUCCAAACUCUCCUGUUAAAAUGACUCUGAUUCCCAGCCCAAACUCACCCUUCCAGAAAGUUGGAAAACUAGCCAGUUCAGACACGGGAGAAUCAGACCAGUCGAGCACGGAAACAGAUAGUACCGUGAAGUCCCAAGAAGAAAGCAACCCGAAGCUUGACCCUCAAGAGCUGGCGCAGAAGAUUCUCGAGGAGACGCAGAGCCACCUCCUGGCGGUGGAGCGUCUCCAGCGGGGCGGCGGUCAGGGCUCCAGUGCUGAGGAUGGCGUCUCCGUGCCCAGCAGCACUGCCGUCUUCCGAGCGUCAGAAACCAGUGCCUUCAGCAGGCCUGCCCUCUCCCACCAGAAGAGCCAGCCGUCGUCCUCGCCGGUCUCCAUCAAACCAAAGCCCCCAGCCAGGAGCUCCUCCCUCCCCAAGGUGAGCUCGGGGUACAGCAGCCCCACCGCCUCCGAGGCGUCCGCCAAAGACAGCCCGAGCCAGCACAGCGGCCGGCCGUCGCCCGGCUCCGACUCGCAGACCUCCCUGAGUGACCAGCCGCUCUUCAAGCUGAAGUACCCCAGCUCCCCCUACAGCGCUCACAUCUCCAAAUCUCCAAGGAACAUGUCCCCCAGCUCAGGCCACCAGUCUCCCGCGGGAAGCGCACCGUCCCCGGCUCUCUCCUACUCCUCGGCGGGCUCCGCACGAUCCAGCCCCGCAGACCACCCCGACCUUGACAAGCUGAAGAUGGCGGCCAUCGACGAGAAGGUGCAGGCGGUCCACAACCUGAAGAUGUUCUGGCAGAGCACACCCCAGCACUCCACGGGACCGAUGAAAAUAUUCCGGGGGGCCCCUGGGACCAUGACUUCUAAGAGAGAUGUCCUCAGCCUAUUAAAUUUGUCACCUCGGCACAACAAGAAGGAGGAGGGCGCAGACAAGCUGGAACUCAAGGAGCUGUCUUUGCAGCGACGUGGAGAAACACCGCCCAAGGCCCCUCCCAACGGACACUGGCACACGGAGACCACCUCGCUGAGCACGCUGCCGCUGCCCGCGCGCCCACCCGCCCCGGCUCCCACGCGCCCUUUGAGACUUCCUUCUGGAAAUGGCUACAAGUUUCUGUCCCCGGGAAGAUUUUUUCCUUCCUCUAAAUGCUAGAGCAUCUUUUAUACCCACCGACAGCAACCCGGAGCGCAGCGGCCCAGCUGGCUCUCCGCAUUCACUUGGCUGCCCCUGCGUGAGCAUGCACUGCCGGCCCUGGUGGUCCCCGGGGACUCUGGGCAGACUCCCCAAAAGCCAGGACUUCUGUGGGGCUGGUACAGGAUGCUCAUGGAAUUUUCUACACACAUCACCAAAUGUUUACCUGUAAGCUCCCUCUUCUCAUCUUUGAUGCGAUUCUUCAACAGGACUUUUGUACAAAAAUGGUCAAGGUUCUGGGGUGGGGGAGGAGAGGGAGUACAUAUUUUGCUAGGAGGUGUAUAUGCAGUACCUUUUAUACACAGAAUACAGAGCUUUUGUAAGGCUUUCAGGUGCUGGUUGGGGGUGGGAUACAUAAAAUCUAAGUUGAAUUCUACAUGAAAGUGUUAUUAUAGUAGCCAAAAAACAGGAUACCGAUUUUAAAAAUGCCAAUGAUCUGUAAUUAAAUUGUAGCAAUUCUGGUCUCACGGUACUGUAACAUCAUAGAACCGAUGCAAUAAUUCACCUGGAAAUAGUGCUUCCAUCCUCAACUCUGCUCUCCUGAGCUCUACCAAUGUCCUUGGAGCCCCGCAGUCAACCAAACUUGAAGUUUCUUAAAAAUUUACGUAACUCGUAUCCAGGCAUUUUAGAACUAUGCAAUUGUGAUUUAAAAUGCAACUUUGUGCUUUUAAAACCUUACUGACCUUUUUUGUACGUGGAUAAACAACUUGGUUUUGUUAUCAAUAGUACUUUGCAUUUAUAGCUAUUAUUUUUAAAAGCUCAAGAAGUUUUUUAAAAUGUCAAAUUUUGAACAGUCAUCAAGUUUUGGGGGGGAGUUUGAAAUUAUUCAGUUUCCUUAUAAGAGAAGAAAAAAAUAGCAAAAAAAAAAAAAAAAUCCUAUGGCUAACUAGAUUUAACCAGAAUCUAGCCUUCCAGCUCCUAUUCCCUUUACUUCCUGCUUAGUUUUAUCAUCUUUUCCCAACUCCAGGCUGCUAACACCUCUUCUACCUACGUCUGCUGCCAGGUUCCCGCCGUCCCAGCACCUCCCACCCGUGAACUGCAUGUGACCCCGUCUUGGUGUGACUGGCUCCUGCGGUCUGAGGACAGACCCUUACUGUCCACGGCCGCAGCAGCAGGGGUCUCUGCUGGGAUGUAUGCAUCUGAGUUACUGCUCAACAGGGAGGGAGAGUCUUAAAUGUGCCGUCAUGGGUGGGGGGGAAAGAGGGAGUCUUCCUACA